AGAACGCAUCGAAAUUUUUGUAGAAGCCACCGGACUUGCAUACAAACGAGCUGACCUGCAGACAGGCGCAGGAAAAGGACUAUUCGUAUUGUCCUCCAGCGCAAAAGCAGCAGCGCUUGCAAAAAAACUGCGGUGUCAACAAAAAGCCGACGACAGCCGACCAGCCGCAUCUCCGGCAGCCGAUCUCCAGCUCCAUCACACGCAUCAAAAAUGGGCGCCUGCUUCUCCGCCUACGACGAAUAUGAAGCGGACGCCAAUAGAGGCAACGCCCUCGCGGCCAUGCUCAAGGUCGAGGGCUUCGACGUGAUCAUCAUCUGCUGCGGCACGUCCCAUCAAGCGGCCUUCUGGCAAGCUAGACUAGAAAGGGGCCGCGGCGUCAUCGUACCGAAAGACGCGACGGUACUAUGCGUCCACGAAGAUUGGCCGGGCGGCGCGGGUAAUGGUCUAGGUACGCUCUAUGCCUGGACCAAGGCCGCGAAGCUCGCCGAGGACAAGGGCGAUUCACAACUAGCUUCCAAGUUAGCCUCUGGCAGUAUCUCCGCAGCAUUGUAUCACACGGCCGGGAAAGGGACGCGACUGGCGCCCUUGCCGGGCGCGGAGAACAACAACAAGCCCGGCGUGAAAUUACCUGCCACGGCGCCGCUGGGUGUCGACGGGGCCGUCGUGCCUUUGACGAUUUUAGAAAGUGUGGUCAAGUCCACGGGCAUCUACGCGUCGUCGCGGAAAGGCCGGUUAAGUGUCUUCUGGGGCGACCAGGUCUUCGUGCCGACGAAGUCCUACGACUACGACUCGAAGCGGGCGCACGCGGACAUCUUAUGCAUGCUCGCGCCGAUGCCGUCGGCCGCCGAGUGGGCCGCGAAGGGGCUGGAGAAGUACGGGUUGGUCGCGGUGGCCAAGAACGGUUUGAUGCGGCGUCUUUGUGAUCACACGAGAGUCCACGCGUCUCGCGAGAGAGCGGUUCGGCGCUGCGCCGACGCCGUCGACGCGAGAGAGCCACGAUGACACCGUCAAACGCAGGCGCGGCGUGCCAGGUCGAGAAGGUCGACCACGCGACCGCUUUAGCGAUGACGAAGACGCUCGGUUCCAUCAAGCAGGUCGGCACGUCGCUAGGAUCCUUCUCGCUGACCGCUUCACUACUAUCGGCAUUACUGAACGAGUUCGCAAAUGAACUUGCGUCAAAGAAGGGCCAGCUCGACAGCGAUCCCCACUGGUGGAUGCCCAUGACCCUGCCGUUAGAUGCUUAUGUCCAGUUGAUGGGGCGGAAGGGCACGUCCGAGAAGGAGGCUUCGGCGCAUUAUGCUCGCAUACAAAAACUCCUGAACAACUUUGAUAAAAAAGGAGCACAUUUGUUAGGCCCGGUAGAUGUCGGCGGCGACGCCUACUGGUGGGACUACGGCCAAUUGAAGUUGUACCUGAGGAACGCUUGUAGGUUAGUGGAGGACGGCAAAGAGGCCGAUAGCAUGAGGGAGUUCCUCGGCGUGACGCGAGGCGACAAGGGCGCUUGUGGGGAAUCGUUCGGCAUCGACGCGUAUUCGACGGCCUCGUCGUGUCGCAUUGUGGCUGGAGUGUCCAAACGAAGUGUCUUAGCGAAUGUGGCGGCCAAGGAGAUCGACGCCGAAGGUGCCGUGCUCGUGAAUGUGACGGCCAAAAAAAUAGUUGCUGGCGAGGGCGCCAUCGCCUAUAAUGUGGUAGACGAUAGCGACGAGUUGGUCCUUAAACCGGGAGAAGUGAUUACGGACGUCUUCGGCGAGAACGGCUCCAAGCUGAGACAGCGGUCUACCUUAGACAACGAUGGGGGCAAAAAGUGGAAGGAGAUCAUCUGCGGGAACAAGAAGACCUUCGAGGGCGUCUACAAGGACAAUUUAUCUACAAAUGUUAUCAAGGCCUCGGAGAAAGGGGAAGCGGCUCAUGCCGCGCUCGCGCGGGCGGUGUCGUCGGCGUAGGUGACGUGGCCGUGGGGCGUAAGUGGGUAUUUCUAUCAACCUUGGGGGCGCGGACGACAG